AUGAACUCCCAGAGGGAAGCCGCAACAACCACUCCAUUCCUCAUCCUUUUCCUGAUCCCAGUCCAGUCCAACAGCGACCAGCACCAGAACCUGCUCAAGGUGCUGCUGAGUUUCGCGUCUGGUGGACUGCUGGGUGAUGCCUUCCUGCACCUCAUACCGCACGCUCUCGAGCCUCAUUCCCAUCAUGAAGAUGGAGAUGAUGGACACUCUGCAAGUGAAGAGUCACAUGACCACGGCCACUCCCAUGGAGCCGCCCACGGUCACAUGAUGUCCGUUGGUCUGUGGGUUCUCGGGGGGAUCAUCGCCUUCCUGGUUGUUGAAAAAUUUGUGCGUCUGCUGAAGGGAGGGCAUUCCCACAGCCACUCUCACGCUGCUCCUAAAGAAAAGGACAGUGAUGGAGAGGGGGAAGAGGAAAAGAAGACAAAAGAGAAGAAAAAGAACAAAGAUGCAAAGGUGCGAAUGACGGAAGAGAAGAAGGGCACAGAAAUCAAGGUGUCCGGUUAUCUGAACCUAGCGGCUGACUUCACGCAUAAUUUCACCGAUGGCCUGGCAAUCGGUGCCUCAUUCCUCGUCAGCCCAGCCGUGGGCGCCGUCACCACCCUGACAAUCCUGCUCCACGAGGUUCCACAUGAGAUCGGGGACUUUGCCAUCCUUGUUCAGUCUGGCUGCACUAAAAAGAAGGCCAUGUGUCUACAGCUGCUGACCGCAGUGGGAGCUCUGGCCGGGACGGCGUGCUCCCUGAUGGCCGAAGGCGUGGGCGCCACGGCCACCGCCUGGAUCCUCCCCUUCACAGCUGGUGGGUUCGUUUACAUCGCCACCGUGACGGUGCUCCCUGAGCUGCUGGCCGGCCGCUCCAGUUUCGGCCAAUCCCUCAUGGAGAUCCUGGCGCUGCUGUUCGGAGUUUUACAUUCCACACAAAAAUGAAAUGUUGCUUAUGUU